UCUGUCAGUACAGAGCCUAAUGCGGAGCUCGAACUCAUGAACUCUGAGAUUGUGACUGGAGCUGAAGUCAGACACUUAACUGUCUGAGCCACCCAGGUGCCCCAGGAUAUGUUUUUUGUUUAAACAGUAGAUACACUCAUGUUACUUUUUGCCCCCAAACCUUUUCAUAUUCCUUUUGUGGCUUUCUACUCACUUUCAGGUAAAUUCCUUAAAAUGUUUUUCAGGGUUGGAUUUGAUCUGGCUUUUUCUUGCCUCGGGCUUCAUGUCUUAUUUUUGUGCUUAAUAAUUUGUCUUACUGGAUCUCUUUUUCAUUUUUCCAAAGUACUGAGCAGGAUUCCUUUUGUGUAUCGUUUCAUAUCUCUGGUAUAUUCUCUUCUGUCCUUACCUGUCUCAUUCCUUUUUAUCUCUUUUUCAGCGAGGCUUUCUUUCCCAGACUACAUCAGGGCCCCUCUGCUCUACAUUCCAGCAUCUCAUAUUUCUACUUUUGUAAUUCCCAUAAUUGUAACUACACUUUAACGUCUUUGUCCAGCUGUAAUGUAAGUUCUGGGCAGGUCGGGGCACGUCUGACUUUUUCUUCACUGUUUACCUCUGAUUGUACUGAAACCCCACUCUACUUCAUGGUUCUCUAUAGGAUUGAGAACCAUGGGUUCUUUCUAUGCCCCUCUUAUAGAAUAGGUUCAGGAAAUCCCAGAUAGAAUCCUCUUAAACCUUUAAAAUUUAGCACAGAGCCACAGGCUUUGGAUGAGAAUACCACAGUACCAGCCUUAUGUAUUUCAGUAGACUUGUGCCAUGCAUACAUGUGUUUUGAGCACUCGGUUAUGGUAAAAUCAUCUCUCUGUCUUCCUUUUUCCUUGAAAUAAUGCUGCAGAUUCUUCUUUUCACUUCAGGAUUAUAUGGAGAGACAUUUUUGGAUGAACAGUUGUGACUAAAUAUUACAAACAUGAGAAACUCUGUACUAUUUCUGCAAUUUUUUUAAGUGAAAAAUUAUUUCACAAUUUAAAUGAAUUUUUUUCCCUUUUAAACUGCAGCCUACACUCUUCAUGUUGAGCUGUGCCUGAAGAGAAACUGUUUAGUUGAUCUGACCUCUAGAAGAAAGGGCAAUCAGUAUACUUUCAAGUUGUACAAAUAGAGUUCCCUCACUACUGUCCAGCUCCAUAGCAUAUAGUGGAGAUGAGUGGAUCAGACUUUAAAGCAUUAGCUUUACUGUGAGGCCAUUUCCCUGUGCAACUUUUGAUUAUAUUGACUUUUUAUAUGGAUUGUUGUAUAUAAAGACAGGGCACUAAUUAACGUGAAUACUUCCAUCCACUUCGUAGGUAUCAUUCUGAUUUAUUCAUCCAGCGCUUGAGUGUUUGCUAAUGUGUCAGUCUGGCCGUCACUUUUUAUACAGCUGACCAAUGGAAUUUGUGAAGCUGGAAGGCUGGAAGCCCACUGCGGUUUGUGCUGAUGCAGUCACUCUGCUAUCUAGACAUUUUGUGUCAGUUAGUAGAUAGUGUUCCUAGGCAACCGUUCUUUCUCAUUUUCCUGUUUACUGGGACAGUGAUAUCCCCUCCCCCACCUUUUUUCCCCCUAUGAGCAGGGCUCCCAGUUUUCCAACUCUGAAGUGUUUUCCUAUCAAAGCAAAGAGAAGAUUUGUGGAUGUUGAAUAUGCAAGGAGCUGAAGAGCAAGAGCUCGGAAGAGAGGUUUGUCCAGAUUUGAUGAGCAAGUCUGUUCCAGAGCAGGAUGUCUCUGAAAUUGAUUCACCAGGGAUAGUAGCAAAGAGAUUACAAGACGAUGCAUACCAGGAUUCUACAUUUGGAGAAAAAUACGCAUGUGAGAGCAUGAAGGAAAACCCUUCUGGAGAGGUUCCUGGACCAUGUCUUUUCAAAGAAGGAGGUUUUGGGGGAAUAACUUUUAUCCACAAGGAAGCAUCUCCUGAAAUGAUUAGCCAAGAAUAUAAUUUUGAGAGAAGCUUACUUUUGACUUCAAGCUUUGUUACACAUCUCAGGGUUUCUACACAAGAGAGCCUACAUCAGUGGGAGACAAGUAGCAUACACACCAAUGAGAUUUCAGACCAGAGUAAAUGUCCAACCCUCUCUACACAGAAAAAGCCUUGGGAAUGUAACGAAUGUGGAAAAACUUUUACUCAGAGCUCAUCCCUUACCCAGCAUCAGAGGACUCAUACUGGAGAGAGGCCCUAUGCAUGUGAGGAAUGUGGGAAAGCCUUUAGUCGUAGCUCCUUCCUUGUUCAACAUCAAAGAAUUCACACUGGAGUAAAACCAUAUGGAUGUGAGCAGUGUGGGAAAACAUUUCGGUGUCGGUCGUUUCUUACUCAGCAUCAGAGAAUCCAUACUGGAGAGAAACCUUAUAAAUGUAAUGAAUGUGGGAAUUCCUUCCGCAACCAUUCACAUCUCACUGAACAUCAGCGAAUUCACACUGGAGAGAAACCUUACAAAUGUAAUCGAUGUGGGAAGGCAUUCAAUCAGAACACACACCUCAUUCAUCAUCAGAGGAUUCACACUGGUGAGAAACCUUAUUUAUGCAAUGAAUGUGGCUCUUCUUUUCGUAAACACUCAAAUCUUACACAACACCAGAGAAUUCACACUGGGGAAAAACCCCAUAAAUGCGAUGAAUGUGGGAAAACUUUUCAAACAAAGGCAAACCUCUCUCAGCAUCAGAGAAUUCAUACUGGAGAGAAACCCUAUAAAUGUAAGGAAUGUGGCAAAGCCUUUUGUCAGAGCCCAUCCCUUAUUAAACACCAGCGAAUUCAUACUGGAGAAAAGCCUUAUAAGUGUAAGGAAUGUGGCAAAGCGUUUACUCAGAGCACCCCACUCACUAAACAUCAGAGAAUUCAUACAGGGGAGAGACCCUACAAAUGCAGUGAAUGUGGUAAAGCCUUCAUUCAGAGCAUUUGCCUCAUUCGGCAUCAGAGAAGUCACACUGGAGAAAAACCCUAUAAGUGCAAUGAAUGUGGGAAGGGCUUUAAUCAGAAUACCUGCCUCACUCAGCAUAUGAGAAUUCAUACUGGAGAGAAGCCCUAUAAAUGUAAAGAAUGUGGGAAAGCCUUUGCUCAUAGCUCAUCUCUUACUGAACAUCAUAGAACACACACUGGUGAGAAGCUCUAUAAAUGUAGCGAGUGCGAGAAAACUUUCCGCAAGUAUGCACACCUUAGUGAACAUUACAGAAUUCACACUGGUGAGAAGCCUUAUGAAUGCAUUGAAUGUGGAAAAUUCUUCAGACAUAGUUCAGUCCUUUUCAGACAUCAGAAACUUCACAAUGGUGAAUAACCCUGGCAUUCAGGUUAUGACAGCUUGUCUAGAAAUAGUGACUAGGAA